AUGAAUCGCCAAAAUACACCGGUUCCCUUGAGUGGUUUAUCCCCUAAUGCCCCGACGACUCAAUCUUCUAUUGCCCCGAAUGAAUCUUCCUCUCCUAGUUCUGGCUCCCAAGGAGCUUCGACACAAGUGAGCCAAUUCCCAUCUCUUCAGCAUUCGGUUUUUCAGUUGAUGACCCGAUCAAAAUUACAAGAGAUGGUGAAGGAAGUCGACCCUCACGAGCAGCUCGACGAGGAGGUAGAAGAUCUUCUCUUGGGUAUGACGGAUGAUUUUGUGGAGAAUGUGAUCGACAUGGCUGCAGAUGUGGCUGUUCACCGUGGUGCAACUACACUCGAAACUCACGACAUCCUCCUCGUCCUUAGCCAUAAAUUCAACAUGUGGAUCCCAGGAUUCGGUGGAUCAGAAGAAACCAGGCUUGUGAAGCGUUCUUCAGGAACUGAAGGCCACAGACAACGUCUUGCUGUGAUCCGCAAAAGCAAAAACUGA